AUGCGUGGCCUUGGGCAACUCGGYAUAGAGUGCGCCAAACUUUUGCGCGCUCAAUAUGGCCCWGAGAGCGUUGUACUCUCAGAUAUCAUUAAACCAAGCAAGGAGGUUAUAGAAAGCGGUCCCUACAUAUUUGCUGACAUUUUAGACUUCAAGGGUCUGCAAAAGAUUGUCGUUGAUAAUCGCAUCGAUUGGCUGAUACAUUUCUCCGCAUUGUUGAGCGCGAUCGGUGAACAAAAUGUACCACUGGCGGUGCGCGUCAACAUCGAGGGUGUGCAUAAUGUCAUCGAACUGGCGAAACAGUACAAUUUACGCAUUUUUGUGCCAAGCACAAUUGGCGCAUUCGGCCCAGACAGUCCGCGCAAUCCAACUCCAAAUGUAACAAUUCAACGUCCGCGCACAAUGUAUGGCGUCUCGAAAGUGCAUGCCGAACUCAUGGGCGAAUAUUAUUACCAUAAAUUUGGCUUGGAUUUUAGAUGCUUGCGUUUCCCCGGUGUUAUUUCMAGCGAUCCACCAGGCGGUGGUACUACUGAUUACGCUGUCGCCAUUUUCCACGAAGCACUGCGCAGCGGCAAGUACACCUGCUACUUGCGUCCAGACACACGUCUGCCAAUGAUGUAUAUAGAAGACUGUCUGCGUGCCUUACUGGAAUUUAUGCGCGCACCAUCGGUAAAUCUGAAACGGCGUGUCUAUAAUGUAACGGCUAUGUCUUUUACACCGGAAGAACUGGUCGAUGAAUUAAGUAGUUAUGUGUCCAAUUUGCACGUGACUUACAAGCCAGAUAGUCGACAGGAUAUUGCCGAUUCAUGGCCACAAGUCUUUGACGAUUCUGAGGCGCGCCGCGACUGGGGUUGGCAGCAUAAAUAYGAYUUGAAGAACUUGGUUAGUUUUAUGGUGAAGGAUGUGCGUGAAAACUUUAUUAAGCURGAAGAUGACAAAGUGCGUGCUUCUUUGACGUGAAUGCUUUAACCAAACAAUUCUUAAWACUUGCUCAGAAAUGUUAGAUUACAAUAUUAUGAGAAAUAUUUAGCGUUACUUUUUUCGGUUGAGGCUAUACAAUCRUUACAAAAACAAAUUGCUCUGUAGCUUUUAAUUGUUCACUUAAUUGACAAUUAUKUUGUCAAUAGAUAUUUAAUUAACAUUUAUUAAAAAAUUACCAAAAUAUUUUUCGCCACAAUAUUUUAUUCAUUUUACCAAAACCUUUUCACACUAAAAUAUUAAAUUUAGUAUAUUUAGCGAAUUAACGGCAGUGUUUAGAUUUUGUUUACAAUUUCCAAGCAGUUGUACGCUUCUGCUUCUUUUCAUAUCCAAAGUAUUACGUCACAAGUUGGUGUUUGGCGUAAUCUUGUAUUCUAUCAUUCUCAAACUUGGCAUUUAUUAUAUAUAAAUAUUUUUUAAAAUACUUAGUAUUAUGAAGUUAAACUUUAAUAUUAAUAAGUCUCU